AGACAUCUAGCGUAAUUACUGCUAAUCCCCUGUCAUCACCCCCACCGUAUCUCUCCCCCCCUUCGUUUCUCAUCCGUCCGAUUACGCGAAACGCAGAGAAGAGAUGCGUCUUCGUAGGUGAAUCCGACGGCCGCCGUUCGACUUCGAUUCUUUUUAAUGUACCUACCUUGGUUUGUGAACCUUCUAGCGUUGAUUGCAGUUCUGUACAGUGUGCUACAGUGGUCGUGAAUUCAAAACACGCGCAGGAGGGAUGUGGGCUUAGCUUUCGCUACAAGAGCAGUGGCGACGACUCGGUUUUGGGCCUGAUACGGUGCAUCAAGCACACCACGGCAAGUCAGAAGAAACUUUGAUCCAUCUCGACUGCUUCGAAAAGUGAUUACUUUGAUUACAGAGAAGUGAUGUCCACGAGUUCGGAGAGGCCGAGAGAGGUCGAUCCGUUGCUGAAGGAUCUGAGCGAGAAGAAGCAGAACUUCCGGCGGAACGUUGUGUCGCUGGCGGCGGAGCUCAAGGACGUCCGCGGCCGCCUCGCCUCCCAGGAGCAGACUUUUGCUCGCGAAACCCUAACUAGACAGGAAGCAGAGGCUAAGGCUAAGAACAUGGAGGAGGAGAUAUCUAGAUUACACAAGAGCUUAGAGGAGAGAAAUGGGCAGGUUCAAGCAUCAGCAUCUACAGCUGAGAAGCAUCUCAGGGAGCUGGAUGAUAUGAGAUCACAGCUUUCAGCCACUAAAGCAACUGCAGAUGCAAGUGCUGCAUCAGCUCAAUCAGCCCAACUUCAGUGUUUAGCGUUGUUGAAGGAAUUAGAUGAAAAAAACACUUCUCUAAAAGAGCAUGAGGUUCGUGUGAAUAGACUGGGAGAGCAAUUAGAUCUUCUGCAAAAAGAUCUUCAAGUAAGGGAAUUCUCACAAAAGCAACUAAAAGAUGACGUCUUAAGAAUUGAACAUGAUAUCAUGCAAGCAAUAGCCAAAGCUGGAGCAAGCAAAGAUUGUGAACUAAGGAAAAUACUAGAUGAGAUUUCUCCAAAAAACUUUGAAAAUAUCAAUAAGCUUCUGACUGUAAAGGAUGAAGAAAUAGCCAAAUUGAGAGAUGAACUAAGGAUUAUGUCUGCUCAUUGGAAGAUCAAAACUAAGGAAUUGGAAUCACAGCUGGAGAAGCAUAAGAGAGCAGAUCAGGAGUUAAAAAAGAGGGUUUUAAAGUUGGAGUUUUGCCUCCAGGAAGCUCGUGCUCAGACAAGAAAACUCCAAAGGAUGGGUGAGCGGCGUGACAAAGCUCUGAAAGAACUCAGGGAUCAGCUAGCAACAAAGCAACAUGGCGGAGAUUGGGGUAGCGAGAAACAGAAUUUCUGGGAAAGCUCUGGUUUCAAAGUUGUGGUUUCAAUGUCGAUGCUCAUCUUGGUCUUGUUUUCAAAGCGGUAAGAAGCGAUGCUUCGGAUGUAGUCAAUGCAGGAGAUUUAGGAGAGAGCUGUAGAUGUUUUUUGGUUAGAAAUAUUAGUCUGGGGGCCUUUUCCUUGUUAAUAUAUAUAUAUAUAUAUAUAUAUAUAUAUAUAUAUAUCACAGCUGUUCUUGGAUACUCUUUGGUUGUCAUUCAUUGAGUGACAACAAUUUCAUUUUUUUUAAUCCGCGCAACAAUUUCAUUAGUAAUCACAAGGAUAAUAGUUUAGUAAAUCAAUCUCUUUUUUUAAUCA